AUGUCCCGUAUCUCUUCAUUCUUGCCGACAAUCCUUUGUCUUCACGGCACCGGUACAUCCGCCAGUAUCUUCGAGGCACAAACACGAAACCUCCGAGCUGCCUUGCGGUCACAGUUCAAAUUUAUCUUUAUCGAUGCACCUCACCUCUCUGAACCUGGGCCUGGUGUAGUACCUGCUUAUGUCGACUCUGGACCUUUCUACAGCUGGUUCUCUCCCACCACGAAUGACUCUCUGGAGUCUGUUGCCAGGGAGUUUACCAAUUGCAAUGAGCACAUCAAGAAGAGCUUGGCAAAACUCGAUAUCGAGCCUUCGGGUAUUACGGCUGCGAUGGGCUUCUCCCAAGGCACAAUCGUGGCAUCUAUGCUUUUGGGUCAGGCUCAAUAUCACAGUGUCGAGUGGGCAUCUACGGAUGUCGAUCUGGCAGAUGUGCCAUGGGCUGGCUUGCGAUUCGGUGUACUGCUGUCAGGAUCCUGCAGUGAUGGAGUAGUCACGGCUUUCAUGGGCAAGAAACUACAACUUCCUUGUGUGCAUUUGCACGGUCUGCAAGAUCCUUUCCUCGAGCACGCUCGAAUGCUCCAUACCAAGAUCUACCACGCUACUUCAUCAGACGUGGUCGAGUUUGAUGGCGGACAUAACAUUCCUGGAAGCAAAGCAGACCUUGACAGGCUGGUAGCUCUGAUACGCGGUCUCAAUAGGAAGUCGAAGACACAGGCUUGGGUGAAGAGAAGAUGA